AUGGAGAAGAAGAAGCAGAAGAGCAUUAACGACAUUCUUCCUCUUGACCUGAUUCAGAGAAUCUUACUGAGGAUUCCGGUCAAACAUCUCGGCCGCCUCAAGUGCGUUUCGAAGCUUUGGCACUCUCUUAUUUCCGAUCCAGACUUUGCGGAAUCGCAUCUUCACCUCUCUUUUGCACCCACCCAUGCGUGCAUCUACAUAAAAAACUCCACGGAAGCUUACCUUGUUCACCUAGAUGAAGCAUUUAAUGGCGACAAUUACCAAGUAAAAGAGCUAUCUUUCCCUUUCAAGAAGAAGCCAACUUCUGAGUUUCGUGUGAUGGGAUCCUGCAGAGGUUUUGUUCUCUUACACCAAGAGCCAUACUAUUUUGUAGUAUGGAACCCACUCACCGGAUUCAGCAAUAUUGUUCAUCGUAGUAUGGGCAGGUACUCUUAUUUUCUCGAUAAUGCGAUUCUAUAUGGAUUUGGUUACGAUGCGUCGCGGGAUGACUACUUAGUUGUUGUAGCUUGGCAGGCCUGUGGGUGCCAACUCUUACAUUGCUUUUCCUUCAAAACCAAUUCAUGUAUUAGUCUUGAUGUGCACUCCUCAAGCCGUUGGGUCUUACUGAGUGGCGAUCUUGUGGGUUGUUCUUGA